ACGCUUAUCAUGCAAGAUAUUUCUUUUCUUCAACCUACAGAUUGUAAAAAACUUUGGUACAUUAUUAAAGGAGUGGUUUAUAUAAAACAAAUUUGUCAUUGAACAAUCAUCACACGGGAACACAAAGUAUUUAAUCAAAAUGAUCUUGAUUACGACGUUUCUUGUGGUGCUAGCUCUACACGCAGCUACACCCGCUCUACGAACGGUAUGCUACUACACCAACUGGGCCCAAUACAGAAGUGGUUCCGGAAAAUUCGUUCCUGAGAACAUAGAUGCUCACCUGUGUACUCACAUCUUGUACGCCUUCGCUAAGCCAGAGGGAACGGAGAUCAAACCUUUUGAAUGGAAUGACGAUGAUAUGUAUGCCCGUGUUAUGGCACUCAAGCGGAGUAACCCUAAUCUAAAGGUCUUGCUGUCCUUGGGCGGAGCCACUGUCAGUUCUGGCCCCUUCACAAACAUCGUGAGAGAUGCUACAACCAGAAGCGCUUUUAUCACGCAUGCAAUCACUUACUUGAGACAAAAGCAUUUUGACGGACUGGACAUUGAUUGGGAAUUUCCUGGUCAAAAUGGGAGUCCAGCUUCAGAUAAACAAAAGUUUUUACAUUUGAUGCAGGAACUAAGAAGUCGUUUUGAUAGUGAGGCCUCGUCUUCUGGUCAACCACGUCUGCUUCUGACCGGAGCUUUUCCAGCAGGCAAAGAUUAUAUUGAUACCGGAUUUGAUGUUGCGGGUCUAGCAGCAGUCAUGGAUUUUAUCAACAUUAUGACCUACGAUUAUCACGGACCUUGGGGAAACACAGUAGGAUUCAACAGCCCGCUCUAUGCUCACCCUAGUGAAACAGGAUGGAGUGCACAGCUCAAUUUGGACUGGACAGCUAAAUACUAUGUAUCUCUGGGCGCCCCCAAAAAUAAGCUGAAUUUAGGCCUUGGAACGUAUGCCAGGACAUUUCAUAUCAGCAGUGCAAGUCAGAGCUACAUCGGAGCUCCCAGCAGUGGCACUGGAAGUGCUGGGCCAAUCACCAAGGACGCUGGAACUCUUGCGUACUUCGAGGUGUGUGACUUGAUUAAGGCCGGAGCCCAACCCAUCUUCGAACAGUCACAGAGGAACCCUUACUUUGUGCAAGGAAAUAACUGGGUCGGCUAUGACAACGUUCAGAGCAUCAAGGAAAAAGCUUGCUAUGCUUUACAUAACGGCUAUGGUGGUGUCAUGUUCUGGGAGCUAAGCAUGGAUGACUUCCAUGGGCAAAGCUGCGGUCAAGGACAGUAUCCAUUGAUCCACGCUGCCACCAAUGUCUUCUCCAAUCCAGGAAGCUGUUGAAAAUGCUUGUUAAUGAAGCAUAUUGAACUUAUUGCAUAGAUAAAUAACAUCAAUAAAAUUGUAGAUAAACA